AUGAGCUUUGACUUUGCAGCAGGCCACCAGGGCAGCACCAUGACCCCGUCUCCAACGCCCCCCUCCAGGGGCAGAACCACCCUGGACACCGUGGACAUCGUGGUGCUGGUGAUCUACUUCCUGCUGGUGCUGGCUGUUGGCUUCUGGUCUAUGUUGAGGACGAAGCGCAGCACCGUGAACGGAUACUUCUUGGCUGGAAAGAGCAUGACCUGGUGGCCAGUGGGGGCUUCGCUGUUUGCCAGUAACAUUGGCAGCGGACAUUUCAUCGGCCUGGCAGGGUCGGGAGCUGCAGCAGGAAUCGGGGCCAUCGCAUACGAAUGGAACGGCAUGCUGAUGGUGCUCCUGCUGGGAUGGCUCUUCCUGCCCAUUUAUAUCUCCUCUGGGGUGACGACCAUGCCGGAAUAUCUGCAGAGACGCUUCGGUGGAAGAAGAACACAGUUAUUUAUAGCUGUCCUGUCCUUGUUUAUUUACAUCUUCACAAAGAUAUCGGUGGACAUGUAUGCAGGAGCUCUGUUCAUUCAGCUGGCCCUGCAGUGGAACAUCUACCUGGCCAUCGUGGUGCUGCUGUCCAUCACGGCCCUCUACACUGUAGCAGGCGGUCUGGCUGCGGUGAUCUACACGGAUGCAGCCCAAACUGCCAUCAUGCUGGCAGGAGCUCUGACCCUCAUGGGCUUCAGCUUUGCGGAGGUUGGAGGCUGGGACGCUCUGAUGCAGGGCUACGCCGACGCCAUCCCCUCCAUCCGUGUGCCCAACUCCACCUGCGGCAUCCCUCGAGACGAUGCCUUCCACCUCUUCAGAGACCCGGUGACCUCUGACCUGCCCUGGCCCGGCGUCAUCAUCGGCAUGUCCAUCCCCUCCAUGUGGUACUGGUGCUCCGAUCAGGUGAUUGUGCAGCGGUCGCUCGCUGCCAAGAACCUGACGCAUGCAAAAGGUGGAUCCCUGCUGGCAGCGUACAUCAAGAUCCUGCCUUUCUUCGCCAUCAUGCUUCCUGGUAUGAUCAGCAGGAUCCUCUACACAGAUGAAGUGGCGUGUGCAGACCCUGACCAGUGCAAAGAGAUUUGUGGAAACUCUGUUGGAUGUUCCGACAUCGCUUACGCCAAACUGGUGAUGGCGCUGCUGCCUGCAGGGCUGCGAGGUCUGAUGAUGGCCGUGAUGAUCGCUGCCCUCAUGUCCUCUCUGACCUCCAUCUUCAACAGCGCCAGCACCAUUUUCACCAUGGACCUGUGGAAGAGCUUCAGGUCGCGUGCUUCUGAGUGGGAGCUCAUGAUUGUGGGCAGGGUGUUUGUGCUGGUGCUGGUGGUGGUGUCUGUGCUGUGGAUUCCUGUGGUCCAGGCCAGUCAGGGCGGUCAGCUCUUCAUCUACAUCCAGUCCAUCAGCACCUACCUGCAGCCUCCCGUCUCCAUCAUCUUCCUCAUGGGCUGCUUGUGGAAGAGGACUAACGAGAAGGGUGCUUUCUGGGGCCUGGCUAUCGGCCUCGUGAUCGGCUGUAUUCGCAUGUUGUUGGACUUCAUCUACCCGACUCCCCUCUGCUUCGAGGAGGACGACAGACCUGAAGUGUUGAAAUACGUCCAUUACCUGUACUUCUCCACGCUGCUGUCCUUCAUCACCCUGGUUGUGGUGGUUGUCGUGAGUCUGGCUACAGAGGAGCCUGAACCGGAGCAGAUCAGUCGUCUCACGUGGUUCACGAGGUUCGACCCGGUGAAGCCCAAAGUGCAGGUGUUCACAGUGGAGCAGAGCAUGACGACCUUGGGAGCGGUCACUAAUCAGACGGAUGAGACGGGAGUCACGGAAACAGAGCCGGAGGGCAGCAACGGAAAAGCCUGUCAUCACAGGAGAGACUCUGCAUCGUCAGUGUCCAGCGUCCAGAGUCAGUCGAAGCUGAUGUCUGCCCUCUACUGGCUGUGUGGGAUGGAGAGACAGCGGCAGGCCAGUGAUGAUCCUCCUCCUGCACCUGAACCUGAGCCGGCCGCCGCUUCUCUGGAGGAGAAGCCCCGUCUGCGGCGCCUCGUGAACGUCAACCUCCUCAUUUGCCUCUCUGUAACUGCCUUUAUCAUUGGUUACUGGGCUUGACAGGUAGGUCGCGGCGCUCUCCAUGGACACGUGGUGUAUGGGCUGUCAAAAGGUUGUGUACAGACCGCAGUGUUUCAGUUUUCACUUUGUAAAAACUUCUAUCUUGAAAGUGACUGAUGCAUCCAAACGGUGCCUUCAACAUAUGUGCAUGCUUUACUUGUAAAAUGAAUCCUAUGAAAAUUAAACUGUAGAGCUCUUUGUCUUUUA